CCACUGCCAAUUAUUAUAGUUUUUUUAAUCAAAUAAAAUAGUUUGCCCCCGCAUACCCUUCAAUAAUUUAAUUUUAGUUUUGAAAAAACCACUAUUUAAAGGGCCUCUCCUCCUCCAUUCUCCUCAUCCAAUUAGCUCCCCUUCAGGAGUACUCUCUACGCUCAGAGAUAUGGCUGCUUCUCUAUGGACUUUGUUUCUUGGCAUGCUGUUUAUGGUAUCUGGGACAAUGGGAGCUCCCCCAAGGAAGCCAGUGGAUGUGCCUUUUGGAAGGAACUAUGUUCCUACAUGGGCUUUUGACCACAUUAAGUACUUCAAUGGAGGCUCAGAGAUACAGCUCCAGUUGGAUAAUUACACGGGUACUGGUUUCCAAUCAAAAGGGUCAUACUUAUUUGGCCAUUUCAGUAUGCAAAUGAAGUUGGUUCCUGGUGAUUCAGCUGGAACAGUUACUGCUUUCUAUCUAUCUUCACAAAACUCAGAGCAUGAUGAGAUAGACUUUGAGUUCUUAGGAAACAGGACUGGCCAGCCUUACAUUUUGCAGACAAAUGUUUUCACAGGAGGCAAGGGAGACAGAGAACAGAGGAUUUACCUCUGGUUUGACCCAACCAUAAGAUACCACUCUUACUCCGUCCUAUGGAAUUCGUACCUGGUAGUGUUCUUCGUGGAUGAUGUGCCAAUCAGAGUGUUCAAGAACUGCAAAGACUUGGGAGUGAAAUUUCCUUUCAACCAGCCAAUGAAGAUAUACUCAAGCCUAUGGAACGCCGAUGAUUGGGCUACCAGGGGUGGACUUGAGAAGACAGACUGGUCCAAGGCACCCUUUAUAGCUUCCUACAAGAGCUUCCACAUAGAUGGGUGUGAGGCCUCCGUGGAAGCGAAAUUCUGUGCCACACAGGGUACCAGAUGGUGGGACCAGAAGGAGUUCCAGGAUCUUGAUGCCUUGCAAUACAGGAGGCUCAGAUGGGUACGCCAGAAAUACACCAUCUACAACUACUGCACUGAUAGAUCAAGAUACCCUUCACUGCCACCAGAAUGCAAGAGAGACAGAGACAUAUAAAGUAUAAUGUUGGAGACCAAGCAUGUUGAUGCUGGCUAUAUGAUUGGAUUAAUGUUGAUUGACGAAGCCCCACUAGCUCUUAAUUUCCACACAGCUGCUUCCAUCCUGUUUUUCACCUAUAAUUGAGAGCGUGAUUUAUGGCUCUUCUGUCAUCAUCAGUCAACACCUGCUCAAGGAUUUCUACUGUUUUAUCAUUUUUUAAACAUCAGUCUUACCGUUUGUAUUACUCUACAAAACGUAUCCACUGGAUACAAGUUCUCGUUAUUACUCUCGGCUUGCCCUCCUUCUGAUGAAGUUAAUGAAAAUAAUUGCUAUUCUUUA